CACCCUGUCGUGACGUUCGUAUUUGUUGAGAAAGAAACUAAUUUAUUCUCAAUUUAUCCAUGCAUUUAUUCUUUAAAUGCAUAUUUCCUAAACAUUUGGGUGUUGUUAGAAAUCAUACUAGUAGUUUUUUAAUAUUUUCUGCUCGUAACCACAGUGCAAUCAGUGGUGUUUUUUCGCUUCAAAGACCUUAUUCAACCACUGUCAAAAUGUUUGAUUCAAACAAGCAAUCGUUAGUUGCAGUUGCGCAGAUGACAGCAACAUCAGAUAAGGCAGAAAAUUUUGCCAUUACCAAGAAACAAAUCCAAGACGCCGGUAGCCUUGGUGCAAAAGUCAUCUUCUUACCAGAGGCAUGUGACUAUAUAGCUGAAUCACAUGCCCAAUCGUUGGAGUUGGCAGAGAAUAUAGAUGGACCAUUAAUUAAGAGCUAUUGCGAACUUGCAGUGCAAAAUCACAUCUGGAUUUCUAUAGGUGGAUUCCACAAUAAAAGUAGUUUAGGUGGUAAAAUGUACAACACCCAUUUAGUAAUUGAUUCAAAUGGAAAAAUAGCUGGACGUUACGACAAGACACACCUUUUCGACGUCGAAAUACCGGAGAAGAAGAUCAAAUUGAAAGAGUCUGACUAUAUUGAGAAAGGAGGAUCUGUUUCCUCCCUUGUUGAGUCGCCCGUCGGCAAAAUCGGUUUGGGAAUUUGUUACGAUGUGAGAUUUCCAGAAUUCAGUCUGUCACUAGCUCACAUGGGAGCCGACAUCAUUACUUAUCCAUCAGCUUUUACGGUUGCUACCGGCCUGGCCCACUGGGAGUCCCUGUUGAGAGCUCGAGCCAUCGAAACACAAUGUUACGUGGUCGCCGCCGCCCAGACGGGCAUUCACAACAGCAAACGCUCCUCCUACGGCCACGCUAUGGUAAUUGAUCCUUGGGGAACAGUGAUAGCUCAAUGCCGAGAAGGGACAAGCUUGGCUUUAGCUAUGGUAGAUUUGGAAUACCUGAAUAAAGUACGGCGAGAAAUGCCUGUUUUUAACCACCGUCGGCACGAAAUCUACCAUAAACCCACCUGCGUAUCUCCGUCAUUACCUCUACCUGAGGAUGAUGCAGUAUUCGUAUUUGGACAGGUUACUAUUAGAGGUUGGGCGGUUUUCUACCAAAGUCGACAUUCUGUGGCUUUUGUCAACCGGAAGUGUGUCGUUCCAGGACAUGUGCUGGUUAUUCCAUUAAAGCCGUUUAGGAGAAUACCUGAGAUGCAUGCCGAGGAAUUGGCUGACUUGUUUUUGACGUCACAGCGAGUUCAACGUGGCAUGGAGCUUUUCCACGAUGUAUCUUCUUCAAAUGUUGACAUUCAAGACGGUCCUGAUGCCGGGCAAAGUAUUCAGCACGUGCAUGUGCAUAUAUUGCCCCGACGCCCAAACGAUUUCAAGGAAAACGACCAGGUUUAUGUCGAGCUGAAAAAUCACGACAAAGGUCCCAAAGUUGAUUGGCGUGAAGAGGAUGACAUGAGGAAAGAAGCUGCCGAACUUCGUAAUUUUUUCAAGACCUUUGUGUAAUUCUGCGUUGGAAUCUGGUGGAAAGUGGAAAUUUGGUGGAGAAACAUACAAGGAAGAGUGAGAGUAGAGGCCCAUCGUUUGUCUCACAUUCAAAAAUAUUAAGUAAGUCUUCACUGUAACCUCCAGUCUAAUUUCUAUGGUAGUGCAUAAUGUCUAACACAGUUUAACUGAAGAGGUGACAUUCUUACAGUAUACUAUAGUUUCAAAUAUAGGUGGGAGGAGAAAGUUUGUUUUGUUAGGAAUCCUUUUCUGAAUUUAUCAAUAUAAUGGGUACUUCUUAUUUUGAAUAUU